ACAAAUAUUAAUUUUAUUCCCCUCUGUUUUUUCUCUUUUAGCUCAUAGUUUUGAAUUUCUCCAAUCUCCUCCCAAAAUCUCUAUGAAGAAUCAAACCCCCUCUUCUUCUUGCUUUGUAGCUCAACAUAAAACUCAUCUUUAAAGAGAUGGGGUCUCGUAAUCUUUGAAGAUAAUCUUCAAAAAGGGCAAAGGUUCAAAAAUAUGCCAACAGUUUGGCUGUCCUUGAAGAAAUCUUUGCACUGUAAAUCAGAGCCAUCAGAAGUUCAUGACCCAAAAAGCAAAAAGAAUUUGGGAGCAAUUUUGACAAGAAAAACUGGGGGAGGAGGAAGAUCAGGUUGCUCAAGGUCUAUAGCAAAUCUCAAAGAUGUCAUCAAUGGCGGCAGCAGAAGACAUUUGGAUAAACCCCCAAGUUGCAGUCCAAGAUCCAUUGGUAGCAGUGAGUUUCUCAACCCAAUAACCCACGAAGUUAUUCUCAGCAACUCAAAAUGCGAGCUCAAAAUCACCGGUUUUCAUGGUGGUUUCCCCCAAGAUCUUCCUCCAGCCGAUACUCACGGCGGCGCUUCCACUUUCGUCGGUACUCUGACACCCGGCACCCCCGGCCCCGGUGGCCACCCGUCAAUGCAUUACUUCAAUCCUUCCUUGAGGUCUUCUUCGAAAAAAUUCACUUUUAGAGAGGGUUUUGGUAGCUCUAAUAAAUCUGGCGGCGGCGCUGGCGGAGGAGCCCGCGGCAGUGGAGUUCAUUUGAGUAAUAGAAUCUCUUUGGAAACAGAGAAUAGUAGGAAUGGAUGUUCUUCUGCGGUUACUUGCCAUAAAUGUGGAGAGCAAUUCAACAAAUGGGAUGCUGCUGAAGCUCACCAUCUUUCUAAACAUGCUGUGACUGAGCUUGUGGAAGGAGAUUCUUCAAGAAAAAUUGUGGAGAUCAUAUGCAGAACAAGCUGGUUAAAGUCCGAGAAUCAAAGUGGAAGAAUAGAAAGAGUCUUGAAAGUUCACAAUAUGCAACGGACCCUAGCUCGUUUCGAAGAGUAUCGCGAGACAGUUAAGAUCAAAGCCAGCAAGCUCCCAAAGAAGCACCCUCGGUGCCUUGCCGAUGGGAACGAGCUCCUACGAUUCUACGGCACGACAGUUGCGUGCUUGCUUGGUCUUAAUGGCUCAUCCAGCCUAUGCAUAUCGGAGAAAUGCUGCGUUUGUAGGAUCAUACGUAACGGGUUCUCGGCAAAGACAGAGAUGGAAGAAGGGAUAGGGGUGUUCACAACUUCAACGAGCGCAAGAGCAUUCAGCUCGAUCAAGGGAUCGGGAGGGGACGAGGGGAUGACGAGGAAGGCGAUGAUAGUUUGCAGGGUGAUUGCAGGGAGGGUUCAUAGGCCAUUGGAGAACAUACAAGAAAUGGCUGGGCAAACAGGGUUUGAUUCAUUGGCAGGGAAAGUCGGGUUGCAUUCAAAUAUAGAAGAACUUUAUUUGUUGAAUCCUAGAGCUUUGCUUCCAUGUUUUGUGGUAAUUUGCAAACCAUGAAGGAAAAUUAUUAUUGUGGUAAAUUUGUAAUUUUUUGUUCACACGAUAUAUUUUUUUCUUUCAUGUUUUGGAAGAUUUGAUUCUUCUUUUUCCAAGAGAGUAAUGAAAAGAUUGGAAGCUUUUUGGUGUGA